AUGGAAUUACAUAGCUGGUGUAUAUGUGGAAAGCAAACGUUCGAUGACAAGAAUCUCUAUUGCUCUAUCGAUUGUCAAAACAAGGAAUUGAACCCGAAACAACAGGUGCUCAGUCCGCCGCCUUCUCCACCGAGAUUUUCCGUUGCAAUCACCACGAAUAUGAUUUUUCCGAACGACCUAACAUCAGUUGUUAACGACGGAUUCUUAUCACCUCAGUCAUCCGCCCCCUCGUCCUACACCGAAUCUAAUCCUUGUAGUUCGGUUACUAGCGCGGCGGACAAGUAUUUCUCCAGAGAUUUGUAUGAUGAUGCCAACUGUUAUUGUUCUACUAGUGCUCCAAUCGACAUAACUAGACCGGCUGAUAGCGAGUCCCUGGAGAAAGACUUUUAUGGUGACAUUGACUGUCCAAUAGAAGAGGAGCCGUUACCUGCAGAAACUUGA